AUGAACAAGAGAGAACAGGGAAAAAUUCUAGCCACAGAAAUGGAAUUCUGGUGGAGGUGUGCUAAAAAGACCAGACUAGACCGAAUACCGAACCAAGAGAUUAGAAGAAGGAUGUCAGUGGAGGACGACAUACUUACCUUUAUUGAGGAAAAACGGCUGGAAUUGUAUGGGCACGUGAGACGAGCGCCACCGGAUAGAUGGAUAUCCCGAAUAACGGAAUGGAGCCCUUUAGGGAGACGAAGAUGGGGAAGACCGCGAAGAUCAUUCAGGGAUGAAGUGGAUAGCGCAAUGACGAGGAGAAAUCUAGAGGAUGGAGAUUGGAAUCAUGGACAACCUUGGAAUGAUAUAGAUGAGUGGAGAAACCGGUUGAGAGAGGGAAGACCGCGUCACCCUAUAUUAUAUAUAUGA